UGCGGAGGCGGGACGGGGCGGACCGGAGUGCGACCCUGCAGACCCGCAACUCUGCGGGGCUGGGCGCCUUGUAGCUUCGCCGCCGUAGAAGCGUCGAGGCCCAGGCAAGGAUUAUUCACAAUAGAGUUAUAAGCAUUUCAACAAGGACCAAUGAUCAAAAUUGUUCUUUUAAAAAAGAUAUUUCCAAGUUAAACAUGGAAGGAAAAUACUGAGCAUUUCAGUCCUGCCAAAAUGAAGAGUACACCAUUUCCCAGUUAACAUGUAAUGGAACCUUUCUAAGCUUCCCCAUGUGACAUGCGCCCAGCUGGGAAUAUGGAUAUUGGGUUUUCUCGUUCUGCUGUUCAGACACUGUCAAGAAGCCACUGCAAAAACAUCAAACAAAAAAUUUCUCAGUGGGAAGGAAGAACUAAUGGUAUAUCUAAUCCAGCUAAGUGGCACCCAAAGGACUUUGGAGUGAGAUAUAACUGUCACCAAGAGAUUCAUCCUAAAAAGAAUCCUAGCAGUGAGGGAAAGAGCAAAACAGUGGAUAUAACCAACUCUCAAAAUGUGAGCUUUCCUAGGAAUGAAGCUUAUGGCAAGGAAGAGCAUGAGAAGCAGGAAUACACAGACACGUGUCCCUCUAGAGAUGAGUCAGCAUCCAGCUGGGUGUGUUCUCGGGUCAGACAGAUUGAAAGCCAGAAAGAUCCAGAGGCUUCGUUACCUCCAGGAAACUUCUAUACCUCUCAAAUACUGUGGAAAAAAAUAGAAGCACUUCCUCCAGUCUUGAAUUUGUCUUUAGAACAUUGUGUCUCUAUAGAAAAAGAACUGAAUCUCAGAGCUCUGGAUAGUUCUUGUGGAGUAACCAAGAGCUUAGAAAAUAUUUAUUGUGAACCUGAAGGGCAAGAAGGUGGACCUUCUAUAAACCCUUUGCCAAAACCUCGUCGGACAUUCAGAUACUUAUCAGAGUCUGGUGGUAUACCUUGUAAAGAAAGACCCUGUGACAAGAAGUACUGUGAAAAUUGUCCUUGUACAGAGUCGUCUUUGGCCUCCCCUCAGCCUUCUGGACCAAAGAACUAUGGUGGGAAAAUCAGAGGGAGAUCUAAGAGGAAAUCCUUUGAAUUUGAGGAUAUUCAACACUUCCGCAAUCGGAACGCACAGAAGGUUCAUGAAGAACUUGGGAGAAGUUCUGGUUCAGGACUUUAUUACACACAAUCUGAGGACAAUAUCUAUGAGGAUAUCAUAUAUCCCACCAGAGAAAAUCCCUAUGAAGAUAUUCCAAUGCAGCCAUUACCCAUCUGGAAAUCCCCUUCAGCGUGGAAGUUACCUCCCCCUAAAAGUCCUUUCAGAGCACCCAAGCUUCCUCCCAAACCUCUCUUCCUUCACCGGAAGACUAUGGAACUGAAGAACUCACAGGCUUACUUACGAUCAAAGCUCACAAAGGACACCACUUUGCCUGUCACCUUAACGGAGUGGAAACUUUUCCGAGCUGGAGAAGUUGCAAAUAGGAAGAAGAGAAAUCUGCCAAGGCUUGUACUGAAAAUAGAGGAUGUAUUUGAAUCUAAAAGAGGGAAGAAGAGGAUCAAGUUAUACCCCUACACUGGAAAGGAGGCACCUCCCUCAAAAGGUGAAACCAGUGGGAACGAGAGUGAUGCCGAGUAUCUGCCAAAGAAUCGCCACAAGCGCUUAGCACAGCUGCAGCAGUCUUCCAAGCGGAAUCCUCACUACCAGACCUUGGAGCGGGAUCUCAUCGAACUGCAGGAGCAGCAGCUCUUCGAACUGUUUGUAGUGGUAUCUCUGCAGAAGAAGCCUUCAGGAGUCAGCUACACUCCCCAGGUCAUUCAGCAGUUCCCCGGCAAGGAUGAUCAUGGCUAUAAGCAAUCCAAAGACACUGAAGAGAGACUUAAAGUUAUUCCAAAAUUUUGCUUUCCUGAUUCAAAGGACUGGGUGCCAACCUCAGAGCUUAAGAGUGAAACAUUCUCCUUCGUGUUGACUGGUGAAGAUGGAAGUCGAUGGUUUGGUUACUGUAAGAAGCUCUUGCCAGAAGGCAAAGGCAGGAGGCUCCCUGAGGUAUACUGCAUGGUGAGCCGCUUAGGCUGCUUCAAUCUGUUCUCCAAGAUUCUGGAUGAAGUAGAGAAGAGAAGAGAAAUGUCUCCAGCUCUUGUCUACCCAUUCAUGCAAAGUGUCAUGGAAGCUCCUUUCCCAGCUCCUGGACGUACCAUCACAGUGAAGAGCUACCUUCCUGGGGCUGGAGAUGGGUCAGUUGAACUCUGCCGACCAUUAGAUUCACGACUGGAGCAUGUGGAUUUUGAAUGUCUUUUUAAAUGCCUCAGUGUGUGUCAUCUUAUCCAGGUGUGCGCCUCUCUCCUUUUGGAGCGGAGGGUAAUCUUUGUUGCCAACAGCCUAAGCAUCUUGUCAAAAUGUGGCCAUGCUGUGGUAGCUACCCUGUAUCCUUUCACCUGGCAACAUACUUAUAUCCCAGUCCUGCCUGCAUCUAUGAUUGACAUUGUGUGCUCACCUACUCCAUUCCUUAUUGGAAUCCUGUCUUGCUCCUUACCACAGCUCCGGGAUCUACCCAUUGAAGAGGUUCUGAUAGUUGAUCUCUGUGCUGACAAGUUCUUACAGGAGGUCUCAGAUGAGGAUGAAAUUCUACCACCUAAACUUCAAGCUGCCUUGUUGCAAAUUUUAGAAGAGAGAAAUGAAAUCUUGGCUCAGGAACGGAAUUUUUCACAAGCAGAUGUUACACUCAGUUCUCUGGUGUCUGAAGCAUUUGUAAGGUUUUUUGUAGAACUUGUGGGACAUUAUUCUUUGAACAUGACGGUCACAGAGCGUGGGGAGCGUGUAUUCCAAAGGGAGCCAUUCCGCAAGUCCCACACCUCCCGAAGUGUACGCCACUUCCUAGAUCUCUUCAUGGAGACGCAGAUGUUUGCAGGAUUUAUCCAGGACCGAGAGCUUCGGAAAAGUGGGGUUAAAGGUUUGUUUGAGGUCCGGGCUCUCCAAUACUUGGAAACGAUUCCUGAAUCGGAGCCCAGUGGAGUGAAUAGAAUUUUGCGGAGUCUUGGAAGCAAAAUGAAAUUUCUGCAGAAGAAAUAAAAUCUUUGUCACCACCUUAAGGAAAACAAAGUACCAAAGACAAUUUUUCCCAGUAUUGUACAAAAUCCUUGGAACAUGACAAGGUCAAGGAGAAAGGCUGACUGAGGAGGAUUCUCCUGCUGCUGCCUUGUAAUCACUGGAGACCACCGGGAGUGGUCCGGAACAGAUGCUUGCUUUUAUUCUGCCUCCAGCUUUUUCACAGUGGCCUUUCUGUGCGGUUGUUGGGCUCAUCCUCUGUGUCUCUACUUGGUCUGUAAAGGCAGCUGUUGUUUACAAAGGAAAGACUUGUUGGUGUUGCAUCUAAAUGACAGAUGAGGAAUGCUGAGAUUUAGGUACUACAGAGGCCCAGAGAGUGAACACUAGCCUUCUACCCUAGCCUUAACCUCAUGCACUGUUUGAACUUAAGACUCCAAUGUGCCCACUGUAUAUAUGCUCAUUUUUUAUAUUUGUCCAAAGUCCUAUCUACAGGACAUUCAUUCAUGUCAGUGAGUAGUUAAUAAAAGCAGACAUCUUGUAACUUCUCCACAAUAUGGGUGGUGGUUGAGUAACUUAUUGGUCACAUGUCAUUAUUGAGUUAUUUGGAAUACAGCAAAUAAGAGCAUUCCUUCUCAAGGGCAAGAGAACUACCUGCUUUGUUUCGUUUUUGUGCCUACUAUUUGUUGCACUGUAGUCCACGUAGGAUAUGUCAUCUUACCCAGGUCAACUUCAUGAGAUAUUUCUUAUCUCUGAUUUUCCUUUUUAUAAGGAACUGGCACUCAGAGAGGCUAAAUAAUUUGGCCAAUUGCUCAGUUCAGAUAGAACUAAGCCUAGACUUUUUAUUGAUGAACACAGCGAAGGCUGGUCAGUCCUACAGUUGGAAAUUUGAACUCUUGAGUAUUAUAACUUUAAAAAAAGUUUUCCAGCCAGGCAUGGUGGCGCAUGCCUUUAAUCCCAGCACUCAGGAGGCAGAGGUAGGAGGAUCUUGGUGAGUUCAAGGCCACCCUGGGACUACAGAGUGAAUUCCAGGUCAACCUGAGCUAGAGUGAGACCCUACCUUGAAAAACCAAAAAAUAAAAAAAGCUUUCCAUUAAGUGUCCCACAGCUGCCUCUCCAGUCUGUGAGGAUAAAUGACAUUAAGCUACAGGUGUCUAGAUGAGGCAGUGUUAUUUUAAAAAAAAAAUUACUGUUGUUAUUGUUUUUCUGGUGCUGGAAAUAGGUCUCAGAACUUCCAGUGUGCUUUUUUAAGGGAUAAAGGAAUUUGUCAGUGAUGGUGCAAUUUUCAUUGAUAAAUAUUGUAGCAAAUGUCAGUUUUCUCUCAACUUUUGCUCAUAGCUUUAGCUGCCUAAAAAAUUUAUUCAAGCUUACAGAGUAUUGUGAGUUGUAUUGUGAUACAACUUACUGACUUGUACAGUAUUGUCAUUAUGACCCAGUCUAGUACGUUUAAAUGAUUCUGAAGCAGACACCACUUAAGAAAGACUGGUGCUGUGACAUAUUUCCUAGAUGUUGGUCCAGGGAAAAGAACUGAGCCUAUGUCUUAAACUGUUGAUGCAGCUUACCCCAUUGGGGCUCCUAUCAGAUUUCUCUCCACUUGGUUUCUUUCUGCACUCCAACUUGGAAGGAACAAUUAGUAAUUGAUUAUUUAUAAAACAGGGGUAGGAGGGUUUCCUGUAGCUGGUCCUGGCUGACCCUCUGCAAGGACACUCUGCUUUGGGGAUGAGUUUUACCUUGUUCCUACAGUCUUGAAGCUGCUGCUUUUUCUUAGAUCUGCUGUUUUAUUUUUGUACAGUAUUGUGAAUUCUGAACACUUUUGAAAAAUUGUUCAAGAUUUCUAUAAAAUGUUUACAGAUCUUUUAAUGAAUCUUUUAAUGA